AUGGCUCGUUCUACCCGCACAUCUACCCUCAAGGCUACUGCUGCUGUUCCAAUUGAAGUGGAACCAACGUCGUCAGGCCGCCAGCGUACGCUGUCUGCAAAGCAACAACAAAUAGGUGACCGCAAGCGUCUCGCAGAUAAUCAGAAAGGAUCGCAGGUGUUGCAGGUGUCACACAGAUGUCUAACAGCACUUCGUCAAUUCAAAUCAAAAGAAAUAUGCUCGCAAAUGUGUCUCGCAGGUGUAUCGCAAGUGAUGCGCAAGUUGCACGCAGGUCGAGGCGGAGAUCCUUCACAGGGCAUGGGACGUUUGGAUCCCUCGUUUGGUGUGGAAUCAAAUUGGGAUGGGAAGAAGAGAGCGGGGAUUCAGACCUAA